GUUAUAUUACAGAAAAGCCAUGGCAACAGAGCAGAGAGAGAGAGAGCCGUAGGUUUAAGCGAGGUUUAAAGGCGGCUACCUCCACUACCGCCCUUGUCUGAUCUCCCCCAUUACCUCUCUCUCUCGCUCUGCAUCCUACUACUCUUCUUCCCCUCCUGUCUCACCUUCAUCACAUGCCCUUCACUCUGAUUCUGCCGUUUCUUCCACUCUGAUCCAUCCCAUCCCACCUGAAGAUGUGGAGGAGCUUGGCCAGACAAGCCUCUUCGAGAAAGUCUAGAUUUUGCCCCCACCCUCUGUCCCCUUCCUGUUCUACUUCACCGGCUGGUCUUCCCCGUCCCGGAAAAGCCACGCCUCAUACUCGGAAUUACCUCAAUUCCUGGUGCCCACCUCUUGGUUUCCCUCAAAUUGGCCAAUUCCCUCCUCAAAAGAGCAGCUUGAGCCGGCCCGUAUUUGACUUCCCUAGGCCGCAGUGCUGUAUCCGGGCUUAUGCUAGUGUUGCCGAGGCGAUUGCGUCGGAAGAGGAGUCCUCCGGGUGCGAUGAGAUUCAAGAACUGAUUGAAGAAAUGAACAAACAAGUCAUGGCAGAGCAGCAGCAAGACAACAGCUUGAAGCAGCCUAAGAAGACGCCGUUCGGGAUGGGAGUGACGAAGUACCACAUCCUCAGGAAGAGGCAGGUGAAGAUGGAGACGGAGGCGUGGGAGGAGGCAGCCAAGGAGUACCAGGAGCUGCUAAUGGACAUGUGUGAGCAGAAGCUUGCUCCCAAUCUGCCCUACAUGAAGUCUCUGUUCCUCGGGUGGUUUGAGCCCCUCAGGGAUGCCAUUGCUGCUGAUCAAGAGAUGUGCAAGAAUAAGAAGGUCAAGCCCUCCUAUGCUCCUUAUUACGAUCACUUGCCCGCGGAUAUGAUGGCCGUCAUAACAAUGCAUAAGCUGAUGGGGCUGCUGAUGACCACCAAUGGAGGGAAUGGCAGCUGCAGGGUUGUUCAGGCGGCUUGUCAGAUUGGUGAAGCCAUUGAGCAUGAGGUUUUACUACAUAAAUUUUUGGAGAAGACAAAGAAGAAGAGCAGUAAAAGUAAAACGGCUGACCCAUCUGAUUCUCAAUCAACCGAAGAUCAAUCCCUAACCGUAUCCAAGCACCAAGAGAAGCUGAGGAAGAGAGUGACUCAGCUAAUGAAAAAGCAGAGGGUGAAGCAAGUGAAGGGGAUAGUGAAGGCCAUUGAUGAUUCCAAGCCUUGGGGUCAGGAAAACCAUGUCAAGGUUGGGUGCCGCUUGAUUCAAUUGUUAACAGAAACUGCCUAUAUUCAGCCCCCAAUGGAUCAAUCAGGAGAUGGUCCCCCUGAUAUUCGCCCUGCAUUUGUCCACGCCCUUAAAAACGUUACAAAAGAUUCACAGAAAGGCAGCAGGAGAUAUGGUGUUAUUGAGUGUGAUCCGCUGGUACGGAAGGGCCUUGAGAAAACUGCUAGGCACAUGGUGAUUCCUUAUAUGCCAAUGCUGGUUCCUCCUUCAAACUGGAAAGGUUAUGAUAAAGGAGCCUACUUGUUUCUACCGUCUUAUGUCAUGCGAACUCAUGGUGCAAGACAGCAACGAGAAGCGGUUAAAAGGGCUCCAGCAACGCAGUUAGAACCUGUUUUUGAGGCUCUAGAUACGCUUGGCUACACGAAAUGGAGGGUCAACAAGCGAGUACUUGCAGUGCUCGACAGGAUAUGGGCGAAUGGAGGUCGGCUCGCGGGUUUAGUUGAUCGUGAAGAUAUUCCCUUGCCUGAAGAGCCAGACACAGAGGACGAGUCCCAACUUCGUAAAUGGAAAUGGAAAGUGAAGGGCUUAAAAAAGGAAAACAAUGAGAGGCACUCUCAGCGGUGUGACAUUGAACUUAAACUGGCUGUGGCACGGAAAAUGAAGGAUGAGGAGGGCUUCUACUACCCACACAACCUUGAUUUUCGAGGCCGUGCCUAUCCAAUGCACCCUUACCUGAACCAUCUUGGGUCUGAUUUGUGCCGAGGCAUCCUUGAAUUCGCUGAGGGACGGCCCUUAGGAGAGUCAGGCCUGAGGUGGCUAAAGAUACACUUGGCGAAUUUAUACGCUGGAGGAGUGGACAAGCUAUCUUAUGAUGGCCGAAUCGCUUUUACUGAGAACCACAUUGAUGAUAUUUUUGAUUCUGCCGAUCGGCCCCUUGAGGGAAACCGCUGGUGGUUGGGUGCAGAGGAUCCAUUCCAAUGCUUGGCUGCAUGCAUUAACCUCUCGGAAGCAUUGAGAAGUUCCUCUCCAGAGACUUACCCAUCACACAUGCCCGUUCAUCAGGACGGAUCUUGUAAUGGUCUACAACAUUAUGCUGCACUUGGAAGGGACAAGUUGGGAGCAGCUGCUGUUAACCUUGUCGCAGGAGACAAACCUGCCGAUGUUUAUUCAGGGAUUGCUGCCAGAGUUGUCGAGAUCAUGCGGAGUGAUGCUGACAAGGACCCAGCAACAAAUCCUAGCGCAGUCUACGCUCGGCUCUUGGUUAAUCAGGUGGACCGUAAACUGGUGAAGCAGACAGUUAUGACUUCAGUGUAUGGGGUGACAUACAUUGGUGCUCGUGACCAAAUCAAGAGGAGGUUGAAGGAGCGAGAUUUUCUUCAGGAUGAUACGCAGCUGUUUGCCGCUUCUUGCUAUGCUGCGAAGACAACUUUGACUGCAUUGGGGGAAAUGUUCGAAGCUGCAAGAAGCAUCAUGAGCUGGUUAGGUGAUUGUGCUAAGGUGAUAGCUUCUGAGAAUCAGCCGGUAAGGUGGGUAACUCCUCUCGGACUGCCAGUGGUACAACCCUAUCGACAGUUGGGAAGGCAUCUGAUUAAAACCUCCCUCCAGGUGCUUACGCUACAACGUGAAACCGAUAAGGUCAUGGUGAAGCGGCAGAGAACGGCUUUCCCUCCGAAUUUUGUCCACUCACUCGAUGGUUCCCACAUGAUGAUGACUGCUGUUGCCUGCAAAAGGGCAGGCUUGAACUUUGCAGGAGUCCACGAUUCGUAUUGGACCCAUGCUUGUGAUGUUGACCAAAUGAACAAGAUCCUCAGAGAAAAGUUUGUUGAGCUAUACGAGGCACCAAUACUAGAGAAUGUGAUUAUAAAAUCAUCCUAAAACUACUAUUGGAAGGCUUUGCGAAGUCUUUUCCUACGUUAUACUUCCCCCCAUUACCGGACCGGGGAGACUUCGAUUUGAAGGAAGUUUUGGAGUCCCCCUACUUCUUCAACUAGUCUGGAGGUUGAAAAAGAUUUAACCGUAGCUUCUGCAAUCAUUCAGACAAAGGGAUGGCAGUUCUAAAUCGCUUUUCGGCCAAAUGAUGCAUAAUGGAGGAGAAGGGACACCAUCGGGAUUUGGCUUCAUAUUAACAGAAUAGGAAUAUAUCCUCGUAAAUAUUUUGGGGGAGAUAGAACUACAAGUUGUCUCAAUACUUGGAGUUCAGAUAUGUCCUCUGGGAGAUGUCAUUCUUUAGAGAUUUCAAAGAAAAAAUAAGAUGGUUAGCGAGCAGCCAGAAAGGAGCUUAUGGGUCAUCGAAGCAAGCCAAGGAAGUCGAGCAUCAUUAAAUUCGCCGCGAAUUCUUGCAAGGCAGGGAUGUCCUCAAUGACACAGUUCAUGAUCAUAGAAGAGACGAAUGAGGCAUUCAGAUCAAAGUUUUGAUCCGGAAAGAGAUGAUGACGAUAAGGAGGCCGGGUUUAUGGAAAAUAGAGGGAUCAUGGGAUGUACUCUUUCAUUUUUGUAUCAAAUGAUUUGUGGGAUGUGUAUAAUAAUACGUUGAAAGGGAAGCGUCCUUCAUUUAAUAUAGAGAGAAAUUUUGAAGGCACCAUAGUUAAGAGACUUCA